AUUACCGGAAGUUACCUAUCUUGUUGUCACCUGGGCGGACUCCUCAGGUGAGAGCAAACGCAGACAGAAACUACGAUACAGUUGAGUUAAGAGUUGGGACAUUUAAGCGCCUAGUUGUUUAUUCGACGUAAGGAAGAUUUCUGAGCACUUUCUGUUACCUUUCCCAGGAGUAUAGUUAAAAACGGACGCAGUCGUGUUGCUGGAAAAUGAGCAAACUGGGCGACAUGCUUGUCAGCGUUUUGGUUUCGGUGUCUUUGUUCUUUUUCGCCGUGACAGGUGUAAGUGGCUUUACAGUCACCAGCAGCAACACCAAUGUGCAGGUGCCAGAGAAUCAAAGGACUGACCUUACAUGCACGUAUUCAGCCGACUUCGGUUCAAGCCCUAGAAUUGAGUGGAAAUUUAAGGACCUAAAAGGCUCACAGUCGUAUGUGGUCUUUGAUGGGAAACCAACAAAUCCGUAUGCCAGCCGGGUGACAUUGUACGGUGGUAGUAAUCUGAGAUUCUCCAAAGUGACCCGCACUGAUAAUGGAGUGUAUUACUGUGAGGUGUCUGGCACCACCAGCCAGUUUGGGGAAGUUGAGGUGAAGCUGACUGUUCUGGUGCCUCCAUCUCCGCCCUUGUGUAGGGUCCCCACCUCGGUGACAACGGGCGGGGUGGCCCUGUUGUCCUGCCAUGACACUGAUGGCUCACCUCCGCCCCAAUACAACUGGUACAAAGAUGGCGUCCUUCUGCCUGCUGAACCCAACAAGAUUUCUGGCUUCCAAAAUGCCACCUACCUGCUAAAUCCAGUCAAUGGCCACCUGGAGUUUCCGGCUGUAACCAAGACAGACUCGGGUCAGUACUUCUGUGAGGCUUCCAACAGUGCUGGUCCUCCUCAGCGUUGUGCAGCCAUGAAAAUGGAAGUCCGUGACUUAAAUGUUGGAGGAAUUGUUGCUGGGGUAAUAGUGGCUCUGCUGCUAGUGAUCCUGCUGGCACUUGGCAUUUGGUAUGCUGACAAGAAAGGAUACCUGCCCAAGAAGAAGGAAAGCAAACCAAAGCCCAGCGCAGUCUACCAGCAAACAUCAUUGCAUGGUGGUGAUGAAGAAGAUGGGGAAUUUAAACCGAAGUCAUCAUUCGUGGUGUAGUCUUCAAUGACGACAGGAGAAAAGUUUGGUUUGAUGUCUCUCAGCAUGGGAUUUUCCGGAGGUUUUUAGGGACGUCUUUAUUUUCUCCUAAAUUGAAGUUUUUAUAGACCAGUGUGAUUUGUUUGAGUUGACAAGACCUGUCUCAGAUACAUCAAUGUUAUGAGACCUCUUUCACACGUUGGUAGGUUAUUUUAAUAGAAUAAGCUGUGGCUACUAGUGACCCAUUUUAGCCUCAGACAUUUUUUCCAUCUAUGUUUGGAGUGUGUGUUUCUGUGUGCUUUGGAUUUACAAAUACAAAUGAUGCAUCUGCAUGUAAAGUCAUCAAAUCAAAUGUGCAGAUACUCCCAGCACUGGUAAUAGGCAAAAUCUAGGUAAAUAAGGAAAACGGAUAGUUUUACAGCCACGUUUUUAUUACAUGUACUGACCCAUCAACUUAAUUCCCUCCAGUACAUCUCUCUUAUCAGUCAGUGUAUCGAAGCUGAAACAUUGUGGGAGCAUACAUGGAUCAUAGAUUUGAGUGUCUCUGAGAGGUCUUUUUCUUUUAACAAACCCACAAAACGGUUGUAAUGUACAAUAUUGUUUUUCUAUUUAAGUUUGUUUUUCUUGUAAAUAACAGUUUUCAAAUUUGUAAUUUAGAACAAUUUGAAAAGCAGUUAUCUAAUCUUCCUGCCAUUAAAAUGAGCCUACUAUUGCUUGUAUGAUAUUAACAUUUUAUGUGCACAUUCUCUUUAACACAUGAUUUCUAGUCUAACUAGUACCUUUUUGUCUGAUUGUGUUGUCUGUGACAUAAGUUUGUAAACCUCUUAAUUACAUUGGCUAAGGGAAUUGGUAUUUAACAGGGUGUAGACUGACCGUUCAGUAAACCUUCUGUUGAAACAAACUGAUGUCAGCUGUGAUGCUGCACUUUAUCAUGAAUUGGAAACGGGAGUGUAAGGGUAAUGUGUUUUUUUUAUUUUUAUUUAAAUGAUUACCUGUUUUUUUCAUAAGGCAUUGGUUCUGACAUAAUGGUACUAAUAUUAGUUCUGUCUACUUUCAGUAAAAGUGCAUUAUUUAGUUUCAUUUGUUAACCACAAAUCCUCAGGUCCAUGUGUUAAAGUGGUUGAUGAGGUCAGACAUCAAUAUAUCAUGAGUUUAUAUAACCUCAGGUACAAUAUUUACAUUACAAACGCUAGGUUUUCUACAUUUCUUGACUUUUCCUUUUGUAGAAAAUUUUAAAACUGAAUCAGCUGAUGAUUGUAACUUUGCUUUAUGUAUUUGUUAAUAAAAUGCUGUUGAUAAAUCAA